AAGCUUUACCGGCCGUUGCGCCUUUGUCUUAUGUCAGCUGCGAAUCAGAGCCUCAUCUGGCCAUCUAUCAGGGCUGCUUUUGGGUCUGGUGCUGAGUUUCUUCGAAUCACGAGUUGGGUUUAUGCAGUGUUUCGUGCGGUGCCGGGGGUGUGAUAAUGUGGUUUGGAGUUGCGUUUAGCGCGAGCUCGCUGUUGCGGAAUGUGUGGAUGUUGGUGUGGGGAGAUAAUUCACGGAGGUGGAAUUUUGAAGGUUCAAGGGCAUGCUUGCGGUGGUGUUGAUAAGGAGUGCGUGAUUAGCGGAGAGAGAAACCGAGUGUUGUUGGCAGAAAAAUUCAUGGUCGUUGUUAGUGAGAGAGAGAGAGAGAGAGAGAGAGAGAGAGAGAGGAAAAUUGGAUGUCGUUCCGCGCUGAUGAGAGAGGGCGAGAGAGAUAUUUGUUGUGCUUACUGUGCGUUGCAGGAAUGGUGGCAGUCUCCCCGAGGAGGUGAAAUUUGCAGGGACUGGUGAAGAUUCGUGUUCCUGUGAAGUCACUAUGUAUUCUACGAAUGGCAUUGAGGGGCGUAGUACAUUAGAGAAGAUGCUGGAUUUCAUGAAGACCGGUGACAUUGAGGAAAGUGAAAUCACAAGUGAUGAGACUUAUGCGGACUUGCCUCCCUUGCCUUUAAGACCAUCAUCCAGGGCACGCUUGCCAUCAUCCAUGGGAGCUAAGAAAGCGCUGGGCGCGUGUUUAGAUAGCAUUGUGCUUUCGAGCAAUGAGUCUGAAGCGUUCAAAGAAAACAUCGCCGUGGGAUCACCCAUUGUAAAUCUGGUGGCACCAGCUGAUCCCGCAGCGCUAGCUUCGAAGUCCGUGACAUGUACGAACGUUCACACACCUCUUGCUGAAAGAGUGGGCACUGCUCUCAAUGAGAGCUUCGCCAGUCCUCAGCUCGCCUCCUCCCCUUCCAUCAUACCAGAUGUUUUCACGCCGGCAGACCAAGUGCGCAGUAGUGGAACACUGAGCUUUGAUCAAAGACUCGACGCCUGUGGCGCACAGGAAUCAAGUUUCAGUUUUCUAACUGCACAAGAAUCCUCCACACCUGAAACACCUCUGCCUCAGACUCCUGUCCUGGAAAAUACAGCUCUGCCUGUAACAACUCCAUCGUCUGGCAAGAAGUGGAAGGAUGACGGUACACUGCGCCUGAAGAAGAAUUUGCGAGUAUGGUGCUUAACUUCUGAGUACAAUUGGAUUGCUGGAACGGUAGUUUCUGCUGAGGAUAAGGAUACAGAGGCUAUGGUGCGCACUGCUGAUCACAAGGUUAUCAGAGUGAAUGUCACCAGACUUCAACCAGCAAACCCUGACAUAUUAGAAGGAGUUUAUGACCUCAUCAAACUCAGCUACUUGAAUGAGCCUUCAGUUCUGCAUAAUUUAGACUUUCGGUAUGAGCAAGAUAAGAUUUAUACUAAGGCCGGUCCCGUCUUGAUUGCUGUUAAUCCGUUCAAGGAAAUUUCCAUCUAUGGUCCAAACAACAUCCUUGCCUACAGAAAUAGAACCUCCGAAAGCACUUACCCUCAUGUGUAUAUGACAGCGGACACUGCAUUCAAAGCCAUGAUUCGAGAUGGUAUUAAUCAGUCUGUCAUCAUCAGCGGUGAGAGCGGUGCGGGGAAGACGGAAACAGCGAAAAUUACCAUGCAGUAUCUAGCUGCACUUGGUGGCGGUGGUGGAUUAGAAGACGAAAUUUUGCAAACUAACCCGAUUUUGGAAGCGUUCGGGAAUGCCAAGACCUUAAGAAAUGACAACUCCAGUCGCUUUGGAAAGCUGAUUGAUAUUCAUUUUGAUAGAGCCGGUAAAAUAUGUGGGGCAAAGAUUCAAACUUAUUUAUUAGAAAAGUCUCGAGUUGUACAGCAGGCUGAAGGCGAAAGAUCUUACCAUAUUUUUUAUCAACUUUGCGCUGGAGCCGACACAGCUUUGAGAGAGCGGUUGCAUUUAAAAUCUGCGAAAGAGUACAAGUAUUUGAAUCAAAGCAGGUGUUUGUACAUUGAUAACGUUGACGAUGCAAAAAAUUUCCAACAUAUGAAGAGUGCUAUGGAUGUGGUGCAAAUCAGCGUGGAAGACCAGGAGCAAGCUUUUAAGAUGCUUGCUGCAGUCCUUUGGAUCGGGAACAUCACGUUUCACGUUGUUGAGAAUGAUUCUUAUGUCGUUGUGGAUGAAAGUGAAGCUGUGAAUGUGGCGGCUGGACUGCUUCACUGCAAGUCCAAUGCGCUGGUUGCAGCACUUUCUACUCGAAGGAUCCGCGUUGGAGGCGAAGAAAUUGUACAGAGAUUGACAUUUGCGCAGGCAAAUGAUUCCAGAGAUGCCCUUGCUAAAGCUAUCUAUGCUAGCCUGUUCGACUGGUUGGUGGGACGUAUCAACAAGUCUUUAGAAGUUGGCAAGAAGCCGACAGGAAGGUCAAUAAGCAUCCUGGACAUUUAUGGAUUUGAAUCUUUUAAGAAAAACAGUUUUGAGCAAUUAUGUAUAAAUUAUGCGAAUGAAAGGUUGCAACAACAUUUCAAUCGUCAUCUGUUCAAGCUUGAGCAAGAGGAGUAUACGUCUGAAAAUAUUGAUUGGACGAGGGUGGAUUUUGAAGACAAUCAAGAAUGUCUUGAUCUUAUUGAGAAGAGACCAUUAGGAUUGAUUUCUUUACUCGAUGAGGAGUGCAUGUUCCCGCGAGCUUCAGAUGCGACUCUUGCAAAUAAGCUGAAAGAGCAUCUGAAAGGAAACGACUGCUUUAAAGGCGAGCGAGAUAAGGCAUUCCGAAUCUGUCACUAUGCUGGAGAGGUUGUCUAUGAAACAUCUGCGUUUCUUGAGAAGAACAGGGACCUGCUACACGCAGAUUUGUUGCAGCUGCUAGCAUCUUGUGACUGUGCAUUGCCAAAACUGUUUGGUGCCUCUAUUGAAGAUGGUGCUCAGAAGUUGCUGAGCCCCAAUCGAAGGGCCAAUGGCAUGGAAUCUCAAAAGCAGAGUGUGGCUGCGAAGUUUAAGGGCCAAUUGAACAAGCUGAUGCAAAGACUAGAGAGCACUGAACCUCACUUUAUCAGGUGCAUCAAACCCAAUACCUCGCAGCUUCCUAAUAUCUUCGAGCAGGAUCUAGUAUUACAUCAGCUCCGGUGUUGUGGCGUCCUGGAGGUGGUUCGCAUUUCACGUUCUGGCUACCCGACUCGCCAUUCACAUCAUGAGUUUGCAAAGAGGUAUGGCUUCCUGCUUCCAAGGAAUCUGUCUAAUCAAGAGGACAUGCUAAGCAUAUGUGUCUCUAUUCUUCAUCAAUUUGGCAUUGCUCCAGAUAUGUAUCAAGUAGGCAUCACGAAGUUGUUCUUUCGGGCUGGACAGAUAGGACAUUUGGAGGACGUUCGACUGAGAACCCUUCAGGGUAUUACACGAGUUCAAGCUUUAUAUAAAGGCUAUAAAGUCCGAUGCAAUUACAAACAUCGACGAGCAACCACAAUUUUCUUACAAUCCUUGGUCAGAGGAGCCAUCGCAAGGAGGCGAUUUGAGUUGUUGCGAGAGAGGCAUCGUGCGGCUGUAACGAUUCAAAAGUAUGCAAGAAGGCAGGUUGCUUGUCGUAGAUAUCGCUCAGUGAAGGAAAACAUUGUAAUCCUUCAAUCAGUCGUUCGCAUGUGGCUGUCUAGAAAGCAGUCGCUUGCUCGGAAAAAGGAGGCCAAUGAGGCGAAGCGAGCUAUGGAAUCUAAACUAAGUGAAGAAGCUAGAGUUGCCGAGACUGAGGCAAAUGUAAAGGAAGAUGCUGUUGAUGAUGGUCGCGAAUGUAUAAAGGAGGUGGCUAGUUCAACACGUGCAGAAUCUGCUAAGGAAUUAAAAGAGGCCACUAUCAAGGUUGCACCGUCAUACCUUCUUGAGUUGCAGCGACGGGCAGUCAUGGCGGAGAAGGCACUGAGGGAGAAAGAGGAAGACAAUGCAAUGCUGCGACAGAGGCUUCUGCACUACGAGGCACGGUGGAUGGAGUAUGAAGCCAAGAUGUCGUCCAUGGAGGACAUGUGGCAAAAGCAGAUGUCUUCAUUGCAACUUAGCUUAGCAGCUGCCAAGAAGAGCUUAGCAACAGAUGAAUUUCUGCCGCAAACUCCUGGCAAGCACGACAAUGGUCGCAUCUCAGCCGGGAAGCACCGGCAUAGUACUAAGCGGCAACUGCUGCCCUCCGAUGACGAAGAGUUCGAUUGGGACGAUGUCGCAACGAACGGCAUGAAGAGCCCGGAUGACUUCACCAACAAAUAUUUGGUAACUGGCUCUGGAAAUGGCGCGUCACGUGGUGACGUCGAAGCUGCACGGUCUGUCGUCAGCCACCUGACGAGAGAGUACGACCACCGAACGCAGGUAUUCAACGAUGAUGUUGAUUUUCUCAUCGAAGUUAAAUCUGGCUUGACUGAGGCUAACUUGAACCCUGAAGAAGAGUUGAGGAAGCUGAAGGUGAGGUUUGACACAUGGAGGAGAGACUUCAAAGCCAGAUUGCGAGAGACCAGGCUUGUGCUGAACAAGCUCUGUUCUUUAGACUCGGCUGAAAAAGACGGAGAUAGGAUGCUGUGUGCUUUAGACUCGCUGGAAAAAGAGGGAGAUCGGACGCGCAAGAAGUGGUGGGGAAAGAAAACCACCUCCUCAAGAGCGCUCCAAGGUUAGAUUCCUCCAGGAAUCUAUCCCCAAGAGGACCCAUUGUUUAUGAUAUCUGAAGCAUACGCCAGUUACUUUCGCCCCUCAAGCUCCUAAUUGUUGUGAAUACAAACCUUAGCGAUGUGGGGGUCUGGGAUUCCACUCCUGACUACUGAUCAGGACCACUAUCAUCGGAGCAAGCGGUGAAAGAUAAGUGCUUUCUCCAUGAGUCGUUGCAGCAUGGACAUCACAGUCUUAGGAUUGACGUACCCUCCAGUUAUCACAGGCGUAGCAUUAGCAAUAUGUGGGUACGGAGUGAUUGCUCCACAGAUAUUAGCGUGCAGACAACAAUUUUAGUGGCUGCUGAGAGAUAUAUUUGAGACUCGAUUUCAUUCGAGGUCGUGACAUUGUAUAUAUUUAAGCCUUACUUGGACUGUAAGGCGUCUACAUUUGCCCAUUUUACUCC